GUCCCGACGGAGCUGCUUAACAAUACAGAAAAAAAUUACACGUUAGAUGGUUAUCGAAAAAACAAAAUCAACGCAGUGCCUGAUUCUCAUCAAAUCGUUGAGUCUUCAUUAAUUUUGGAUUUUUGGUCUUCCGAUGUCUAUCGCAUGAUGCAAAGCCAAUUACCGGAAAUCGGUGAUCGAUAACCUCUUUGUCAUUGAUCUGAAAAACGCAGCUAUGCGGGUAAACCAUCCUCGAUGUCCAUCAUGUCCACUAAUCACGUCGAGCCUACACCUAUUCUUCAUUUUUAGCAUCCCAAUCCCAAUUUAUUAUGCCAAAAAUCCCAUUAUCGCGAUACGCUCAUCAUUCAUGAUAUAAAUAUGGUAACAGACACCAGCGUGUACAAUUAAGUAGUUGAUCAUUCAUGAGGGGAAUCCAUCAAAUGUUUGGCUUUCCCUUAUCUUGCGACAACGUGAGUUAUUCCCCUGCAGCGGUAUCAUCUCAUUCCUUGACUAUAAAUACAGCGGCACCCAGAUGAAAAAUAAACUUGUAGUUCAAGAGCUUUCUCAACUCAUUGUCAGCAGGUAAAAUAGACUCAUUACUUUUGAAAUUCUAAUUCAAUAGUUAGGUGGUGAAAUUUGAUUUUAAGACUUUGGUGUCUAGCAAACGAUUAACUGUACUUCGAUCCUUUCGAUAAAUAUACCGACUGAGUUUCGACAGAAUCGUAUUUCUGACUUCGAAACGUAAGAAUACACAAAAGUAUACCGCGAAAAAAUUCAAAUAGUCGCCUAAAAUGAAGUUACUCGUUCCGUUUAUUUUAACAAUCACCCUAACUUCGCUUGCGGAUUGUUACUCCGACACGGAUGACGGCAACUUGGGAUCGCCGAGGGUGAGUCAUUUGUCGACCGCCCAGUCGCGUUUCCGUAGAUCACCCGAUCCAGAACCGCAAGGAUCGUUCGGCGCGACCUUCGGAGGUCAACAAUUUCCGGGUCAGAAUUGGCAGCACAACGUCGGAGCCCAUGCGUCCUACCGGUUCCAAAGACCUCAAGGAUCCCUGACGGCCAGCUGGCAGAAGAGUUUCAGCGGUCCCGAACGUCGUCCCUCUUACAAUAUCGGCUAUCAACAAACUUUGUUUCAAAACAGACACGGAUCGGUCUCCGCUACCGCCGGAGCCCAGAAGUUGCCAGGUCAGAGGUGGCAGCCGAACGUUGGAAUUGGAGCAUCCUUCAGGUUUCGAAGAUCCCCGAGGUCGGAUUUGGAAUCCUAAGGAUCACCGAGUGCUACCUGACGCGGCCUGGGUAGUGAUCGAAAACGAGUUCGAACGCAUAAUGGCGGAAGCUUAGAAGUUGCUACGAAGUUUUGUUUUUAGCGUGCCCAUGUGAACUGUUGAUAUUCCAAUGUUAUUUAUAUCACACUCGCCUUUUCAUGAAUAAAAUACUCUCCAUCAUCGAA